AUGUCAUCAUCUUCAUCUACUGCUGCCGGAUCGCCCUCUCCAAGUGUCGUCGCUCUGACUUCUUCAUCGUUGGUAAACCAACAACAACAACUACAAAGCCCACUACAUGUCAAUACACCAUUGAUUGAGUCAUUGGCUUUGAACAAGAUAUUGAGUACUGAGGGAAACAAUGGUGUCAGAGUAUGGGCCAAGUUGGAUGCACUCCAGCCAUCCGGAUCAUUCAAGAUCCGUGGUGUUGGCCUUCACUGCUCCCGCGUAGUCAAGGAGAAGGGUGUCAAGCAUUUGAUUUGUUCAUCAGGUGGCAAUGCUGGAAAGUCUGUGGCAUACGCUGGCAGACGUCUGGGAGUGAAGACUACUAUUGUACUUCCAAGCACAAUCCCAUUGGAGACAAGAGAGAAGAUUCAGGCAGAGGGUGCCAACGUGCUGGUCAACGGAACGAUCUGGGACGAGGCGGAUAUAUUGGCACGCGAGAUUGCCGAGCGCGAGGGAGCUGAUGGAUAUAUUCACCCUUUCGACCACCCCAACCUCUGGGAGGGCCACUCAACAAUCAUCGAUGAGAUCUACGCUGAAUAUACAGCGGGCAUGGUUCCCAAGCCCGAUGCCAUCCUCUGCUCAGUGGGUGGUGGUGGCCUUAUGAUUGGCAUCAUCCAGGGAUUGAGACGCGUUGGCUGGGACGACGUGACAAUCAUCGCCGUCGAGACACAUGGCGCCAGAAGUCUGGCCGCCUGCUUUGACGCACAGAAGCACGUCCGAUUGGACGCAUCACAGGUGACCAGCAUUUGCAAAACAUUGGCCACGAGAGCCGUGUGCAAGGAGGCUUGGGAGUGCGCCAAGUCGCAUCCAGUUAUCCCCGCUCAGGUCUCUGAUCUGGAGGCCGUGGAGGCCUGUCUCAAGUUUGUCGACGACGAGCGAGUGCUCGUGGAGCCAGCAUGUGGCGCAUCAUUGGCCGUCAUCUAUCAGAAGCAUGAGGAAUUGGUCAAGCUCAACGCCAAGAAUAUUAUAGCGAUUGUCUGUGGAGGCAACACCACCAGCAUCAAGUCACUCAUGGACAACCAGAGAGCACUUUCAGCACUGACACCAACUUUGCCAGCUGCCCUUACAACAACAACGACGACAACGACAACAACAACAACGCCAUUCGCAGUCGAUAUUAUUUCUACCACUUCCUCCAUCCCAUCCACUACAACCAACAACAACACUCCAGACGACAUUUCCUCACUGACUUCAACUCCGCUGACUAUUCAGACAUCAGCCUAA